UUCCCGGGGGAGGGGGGAGCCUCUAUCCCAGCGCGCCAAGAAGAGAGCUGGCCCAGGCCUGAUGUCUCUUGAUUGCAUCCAAGGGGGGAGCCCAGAGGAGGAUGGAGCGUCCACCAGGGGUCUGUUGGCCCUAGGAGAGGAAGCAGUGACCUUCAGAGACGUGGCCUUGGACUUCACCUGGGACGAGUGGGGAUGCUUGAGCGGCGUUCAGAGGGAACUCUACAGAGAUGUGAUGCUGGAGAACUACAGGAACCUGGUCUCCCUGGGGCUUCCUGGGCCCAAGCCAGGCCUCAUCUCCUGGUUGGAGGGAGAGGGAGACCCACAUCCGUGGGAGUCAUUGGGACAUGCUGCCAGAAGCACUUCUUUGUCUGAAGCAGAAAAUCCCAGGAGUCAGCUGGGAGCCAGUGGGUGGAGCAGCCCAGCUGGGCUCUUCUGUGUGGCCAUCUUUGAAGCGCUGGAGGGUGCAGCUUGGGAUACUAAACUCAAGAACCAGGAGUCAACUGAAAAGCAAGAUUUAGGAUCAGGAGAGACAUUAGUGCAAAGACUCCCUGGGGAUGUUCUCAGGAACAAAACCCUUGUGGGUAGUGCAAUCCAAGAGAUCAGGGUAUGGAAGCAAAUGCAAAACCUGGCAGGGAAGAUUCCAAAGCAGAUCAUUUCCCACCAAAGUGAUUUGAGGCAAUUGAUUCUGGACAGGAAAACUCCUAUUGGGCACAGAGGCCAUGAAUGUGUUGAUACUGGCAAAAAAAUCCACAGGAGUACCUGCAAGUCCAAGAGGUCAUGCAGUGACAAUGAAGGUGAGGGUCUCCCAGCCUUGAUUCCACCUCCAAGUCUGUGUAGGGUAGAGAAAUCCUGGGAUUGUGAGGAAUUUGAAAAGACUUUUAGCCAGAAUGCAGGGAUGAUCCAACAUCAGAGAAUUCACACUGGAGAGAAAACUGAGGAGUCCAAGGAAUGUGGGAAGAGUUUCCAGGACAUCUCCCACCUUAUGGAAGAGCAGGGAAUUCACACUGGAGAGAAACCUUAUACAUGUAAGGACUGUGGAAAGUUUUUUACCCAGUAUUCAUACCUCAUCAAUCAUGAAAGGAUGCAUAAUGGAGAGAGACCUUAUGAAUGUAAGGAAUGUGGGAAGGCUUUCAACUGGAAGUCAUACCUCAUUGGACACCAGAGAAUUCACACUGGAGAGAAGCCUUAUGAAUGUAAGGGAUGUGGAAAAGCCUUCAGCCACAGCUCAGCCCUUAUUGCACACCAGAGAGUUCACACUGAAGAGAAACCGUAUAAAUGUAAGGAAUGUGGGAAGGCCUUCAAAUGGAAGUCGGGCCUCAUACAACAUCAGAGAAUUCAUACUGGAGAAAAACCAUAUCAAUGUAAGGACUGUGGGAAGGCCUUUAGCCAGAGUUCAGCUCUUAUUGCUCAUCAGAGCAUUCAUUCUGAAGAGAAACUUUAUAAAUGUAAGGAAUGUGGUAAGGCUUUCAACUGGAAGUCACCUCUCAUUCAACAUCAGAGAAUUCACACUGGAGAAAAACCUUAUAAAUGUGGUGAAUGUGGUAAAGCCUUCAGCCAGAACUCAGCUCUUAUUGUACAUAAAAGUAUUCAUACUGGAGAGAAACACUAUCAAUGUAAGGAAUGUGGGAAGGCUUUCCACUGGAAUUCAUACCUCAUUCAACACCAGAGAAUUCACACUGGAGAGAGACCUUAUGAAUGUAAAGAAUGUGGGAAGGCCUUUAGCCAAAGCUCAGCCCUUACUGUACAUCAGAGAAUUCACACCGGAGAGAAACCUUAUCAAUGUAAGGAAUGUAAGAAGGCUUUCAGUCGGAGUUCAGCCCUUAUUGAACAUAACAAAGUUCAUACUGGAGAGAAACCUUAUAAAUGUAAGGAAUGUGGAAAGUCCUUUAAUAGGAAGUCACAUCUCAUGCGACAUCAGCAUUCUCACUGUAGAGAACCCCUAAAAGUAUAGGGAAAUAUGAACAGAAUCACAUGGCUUAAUGCAGAGUGAAGACAGCACAGGCAAAGUUAGAAUAUUUAUGACUACAGUAGCAUUCAUAAAUAUAGCACUAAAGGCUAGCAAAACAGAUGAACAAUAAACAAUGUUGGUUCUGGGCUAUUAAAGUUACACCUUUCCUUUCUGCUAAUAAUUGACGAACUUCAAAAAUGGAAAAUGAUAUUUUGUUAGUCAAAAUUAGCCCACUAUCCACUAUCACUUAUCUUUUGAUAGAGAAUUUGUUUUUUACCUUUUAUGAGAUGAGAGGGAAGCUUCCUGGGAAAGAACUCUCAUAUCAAAAGCAAAUAUCAGUUUAUUAAUGCUGGAAAGCUUUCAGAUGCAAUUCAUCCCUUGUUGAUGGUUUGUUCA